CUACGACUUCAACAGAGAAGAGCCCAGGAGCAACUGGCUAACCAAGGCAUAAUACCACCACUGAAAAGUCCAACUGAAUUCCAUGAACAAAGGAAAACUUUGGAUAGUGACAAGGCUGAGGACCACCUGAAACACAAGGUCAGAAAUAAAUCUGAACGUGCUGACCUGGUUAAUAUGCACAUACUCCAAGCCCCCACUGCAGAAAGAUCCAUUGCAUCCACUCAGAUGAAGCUGAAAAGAGCCCGACUUGCAGAUGAUCUUAAUGAAAAGAUUGCUCUCCGGCCAGGGCCCCUGGAGCUGGUGGAGAAGAAUAUACUUCCGGUUGAUUCUGCUGUGAAAGAGGCCAUCAAAGGUAACCAGGUGAGCUUCUCCAAAUCAGCUGAUGCAUUUGCCUUUGAAGAGGACAGCAGCAGCGAUGGACUUUCCCCAGAUCAAACUCGAAGUGAAGACCCCCAGGGCUCCAUGGGAUCCCCUGCUGACACGAAAACCGUGGACACCACUCUUGCAGGCCCUCCAGGGACAAUCCAGGAUCUUGCUUCUGGCUCAGAAAGUGACAGGAAUGGCACACCCUCACAGCCAGACCACCAAUCAGAUGCCAGGAAGCAGGGCCUUGGCCACCUCGGUACCUCAAUGCCCGUGCACCCUGCUGUCAAGUCCAAGUCCCUAAGCGAUAGUAAGAACCGUCACAAAAAGCCCAAGGACCCCAAACCAAAGGUGAAGAAGCUGAAGUAUCACCAGUACAUCCCCCCAGACCAGAAGGCCGAGAAGUCCCCACCGCCCAUGGAUUCAGCCUAUGCCCGGCUGCUUCAACGGCAGCAGCUUUUCCUGCAACUCCAGAUCCUCAGUCAGCAACAGCAACAGCGCUUCAGCUACCCAGGGCUCCCCCAGGCACCGCUCAAGGAAACAAAUGAACAGAUGGUCAGAAAUCCAAAUACUUCUUCAACACCACUGAGCAACACCGCUUUGUCUCCUGUCAAAAACAGCUUUUCUGGACCAACUGGUGUUUCUUCUCUCAAGCCAGGCCCACUCCCAUCAAACCUGGAUGAUCUGAAGGUCUCCGAAUUAAGACAACAGCUUCGGAUACGAGGCUUGCCUGUGUCCGGUACCAAAACGGCUCUCAUGGACCGACUGCGGCCCUUCCAGGACUGUUCUGGAAAUUCCGUGCCGAACUUCGGUGAUAUAACAACCGUCACCUUCCCUGUGACACCAGCCAGCACCCUACCUAAUUACCAGUCUUCCCCUUCCACCAGUGCCUUAUCCAAUGGCUUCUACCACUUUGGUAGCACCAGCUCCAGCCCUCCCAUCUCCCCUGCCUCGUCUGACCUCUCGGUUGCUGGGUCCCUGCCAGAAACCUUUAACGACGCUUCCCCCUCCUUCACCUUGCACCCCUCCCCAGUUCACGUUUGCACGGAAGAAAGCCUCAUGAGCAGUGUGAAUGGGGGCUCGAUGCCCUCAGAGCUGGACGGGCUGGACUCAGAAAAAGACAAGAUGCUGGUGCAAAAGCAGAAGGUGAUAAAUGAGCUCACCUGGAAACUCCAGCAAGAACAGAGACAUGUAGAGGAGCUGAGGAUGCAACUCCAGAAACAGAAACGGAGUAACUGCGUUGAGAAGAAGACUUUGUCUUUCUUGGCUGCCCCCAUCAAGCAGGAAGAUGCAGUCUCUAGCUGUCCCUUUGCAUCCCAGCAGGCAUCUGCGAAGAGGCAAAGCAACAGCUCAGAGAGCGAAGCUGCUCAGCUCUUACCUCUUGGGAGCACACGUUGUGUAGAGUCCUCAGGUCAGACCAAUGUACUUUCUUCCACGUUUCUAAGCCCUCAGUGCUCACCUCAGCAUUCCCCACUUGGGACUCUGAAAAGCCCACAGCACAUCAGUUUGCCUCCAUCACCCAACAACCACUAUUUCCUGCCCUCAUCUUCCAGUGCUCAGGGAGAAGGGCACAGUGUCUCUUCACCUGUCAGCAGCCAGGUGUGCACCGGUCAGAGCUCAGCCGUACAUGAUGGCCAUCCUGCGAGUUUCUCCCCUCAGCCUCCCAGCCUCCACCCUCCUUUCCCUGGCGCCCAGGCAGACAACAAUCAUGGUACUACCGGGGGUAACACCUGCCCCCAAAGCCCAGGUGGACAGCAAAAGAUGGCGGGUUUGCACUCUUCUGACAAGGCAGGACCAAAGUUUUCAGUUCCAUCCCCAAGUUUUUCCACGUCAAGCUCAGCAGCUUCAGAGAUAACACAGCCUCCAUCCUAUGAGGAUGCGCUCAAGCAGCAGAUGACUCGGAGUCAGCAGAUGGAUGAACUCUUGGAUGUCCUCAUUGAAAGUGGAGAAAUGCCCGCUGACGCCAGAGAGGAUCAUUCCUGUCUUCAAAAAGUCCCAAAGAUACCCGGGCCUUCCCGAAACCCCAGCGCUGCUCUCCCCAAGCCUUCAGCUUCCUUUGAACAAGCUAAUUCAGGGGGUCAGCUCUCCUUUGAUCAUUAUGCCACGGAAAAUGAUGAGCACCUUGAAGUCUUACUAAAUUCCCAGAGCCCCUUAGGAAAGGUGAGCGAUGCCACCCUCCUAAAACUUGGGAGCGAGGAACCCCAGUUUGAUGGGAUCAUGGAUGGAUUCUCUGGGAAGGUGGCAGAAGACCUCUUCAAUGCACACGAAAUCUUGCCAGGCCCCCUCUCUCCCAUGCAGACUCAGCUUUCACCUUCUUCUGUGGACAGCAAUGGGCUCCCAUUAAGCUUCACUGAAUCUCCUUGGGAGACCAUGGAGUGGUUGGAUCUCACUCCACCAAGCUCCACACCAGGUUUUGGCUCCCUCACCACUAGCGGCCCCAGCAUUUUUAACAUUGAUUUCUUGGAUGUCACGGAUCUCAAUUUGAAUUCUCCCAUGGAUCUUCACUUACAGCAGUGGUAG